AUGCUCCUUCGACCCUCUUCAAUCCGGCUGAGCUAUCUCACUGAAUUCGCACUGUGCACGCACCACUCAGUCGCUCCCACUCGUGCCUUCCACUGCUUGCUUGCGCUCUCGCCCUCCUCCUCCUCUCGCCGCUCUCACAGGCGGCACCAAGGGACCCUCCCGAGGUGUGUGACAGCAGCAUCCCUCGCCUUCUUCCCUCUGCCAGCACACCUACAGGCCGGCAGCAGCAGAAAGCAUGGAGGAGCAGUGGAAGCAGCGUGGGCGAGUGGGAGAGGCGAGUGGUGGGAUGACGCACGGCCUGGGCUGGCCCUGCUGACCACUGCCCUCGCCCAACCUCCCGGCAGAACCAGCGCGACCGACCGUGCUGUCUCUGAGUGGCGCUGCGGCAGCAGGAGGAGUGUGGCGGCAAGGAGAGGCGCAUGGCCGUGGCGCAUCAUGGCGGAGUGGAGGGCUGGUGGGGGCGGCUGCAGAGCGGGAGGCGCGGCAGCAGCAGCUACAUGGGAGGGAGGAGGGAGGCGGGUUGGAGUGCAGAGGAGGAGGGAGCAGCAGCACCAGCAGCGCCGUCUUUCAGAAGGGAAGCGGGAGGCGCGGCAGCAGCAGCAGAUACAAGGCAGGGAGGAGGGAGGCGGGUUGGAGUGCGGAGAAGGAGGUCACCAGCAGCGCCUUCUUUCAGAAGGGAAGCAGGAGGCGCGGCAGCAGCAGCUACAUGGGAGGGAGGAGGGAGGCGGGUUGGAGUGCGGAGGAGGAGGGAGCAGCAGCACCAGCAGCGCCUUCUUUCAUAAGGGAGGCGGAUGGAGGCGGGUUGGAGUGCGGAGGAGGAGGGAGCAGCAGCUGUCACCAACAGCGCCUGCUUUCACAAGAGACUCCGCCCUUUGCGCCGUCCGCGCCCUCCGUGCUUAG